UCUUGCGUGCCUCGUCUUUGCUGCUCCUGCAGACUCAGUAAAGAGUGUCUUGUGGCUGCUGUUUUGGGAUAAAUAAUCAUGUCUCUGGAGGUGGAAUCCGCAGACGUGAUCCGUCUGAUCAUGCAGUACUUGAAGGAGAACAACCUGCAGCGGACUCUGGUCACCCUGCAGGAGGAGACCACCGUGUCUCUGAACACCGUGGACAGCAUAGAGAGCUUUGUGGCCGACAUAAACAGCGGUCACUGGGACACCGUCCUGCAGGCCAUCCAGUCCCUCAAGCUGCCGGACAAGACCCUGAUAGACCUCUAUGAACAGGUGGUGUUGGAGCUGAUCGAGCUGAGAGAGUUGGGUGCAGCCCGUUCCCUCCUCAGGCAGACCGACCCCAUGAUCAUGCUGAAGCAGACCCAGCCGGAGAGAUACAUCCACCUGGAGAACCUGCUGGCUCGCUCCUACUUCGAUCCCAGAGAGGCGUACCCAGACGGCAGCAGUAAGGAGAAGCGCCGGUCGGCCAUCGCCCAGGCACUGGCCGGGGAGGUCAGCGUGGUGCCGCCCUCUCGUCUCAUGGCUCUGCUGGGACAGUCUCUGAAGUGGCAGCAGCAUCAGGGCCUCCUGCCUCCUGGUAUGACUAUCGAUUUGUUCAGGGGCAAAGCUGCUGUUAAAGAUGUGGAGGAGGAGCGCUUCCCCACUCAGCUCAACAGACACAUCAAGUUUGGACAGAAGUCUCACGUGGAGUGCUCCCGGUUCUCCCCCGAUGGUCAGUACCUGGUCACCGGCUCUGUGGACGGCUUCAUCGAGGUCUGGAACUUCACCACCGGCAAAAUCCGAAAGGAUCUGAAGUACCAGGCUCAGGAUAACUUCAUGAUGAUGGACGACGCGGUGUUGUGUAUGGGCUUCAGUCGGGACACGGAGAUGUUGGCCACGGGAGCCCAGGAUGGAAAGAUCAAGGUGUGGAAGAUCCAGAGCGGUCAGUGUCUGAGGAGGUUUGAGCGCGCUCACAGUAAAGGAGUAACGUGCGUGAGUUUCUGUAAAGACAGCAGUCAGCUCCUCAGCGCCUCCUUCGACCAGAUCAUCAGAAUCCACGGACUGAAGUCGGGUAAAACUCUGAAGGACUUCCGCGGCCACACCUCCUUUGUGAACGAGGCCACGUUCACUCCAGACGGACACCACAUCAUCAGCGCCUCAUCGGACGGGACGGUCAAGAUGUGGAACAUGAAGACCAGCGAGUGCACCAACACCUUCAAGCCUCUGGGCACGUCGGCCGGCACCGACAUCACGGUCAACAACGUCAUCCAGCUGCCCAAGAACCCGGAGCACUUUGUGGUGUGCAACCGCUCCAACACGGUGGUCAUCAUGAACAUGCAGGGACAGAUCGUGAGGAGUUUCAGCUCCGGUAAGAGGGAAGGCGGUGACUUUGUGUGCUGCACCCUGUCUCCCCGCGGCGAGUGGAUCUACUGCGUGGGCGAAGACUUUGUGCUCUACUGCUUCAGCACCGUCACCGGCAAGCUGGAGAGAACGCUGACGAUCCACGAGAAGGAUGUGAUCGGAAUCGCCCACCACCCCCACCAGAACCUGAUCAGCACCUACAGCGAGGACGGCCUGCUGAAGCUCUGGAAGCCUUAAAGGUGUUUCAGCCCAAACUGAGACUGGACGUUCUCGCUCUGGACGCCGCUCUGCCCGUUCUGUUCUCUUUACAACACUGGGGGGGGUGGGGGGGGGUGUCACUGUGAACUUGUAUCCAUGUUGACGAUAUCAGCAGCUCACCUUAGUACAGGUGAAUCUUCUUUUUUUUCCUACGAUUGAAGCCGUGCAGCUGAAUACAACCAAUGACAGUUUGCGGUGUUGGAGCGUCGGCGCAGUAGAACCUUAUUUACCUGAGACAGUUUGUUCAACACAGAAAUGACUCAUUAUUACUUUUUAAUGCGACGUCAUUUUCUUUUAUGCCAUUCAUGAAUUUGUAAGCGUAGGUUCGAGUUCUUUCGCUUUUGUAAAGAAACUCUCAAAAUGUGAAGCAGACGUGUGAUUAUUAUUCUGAACUGGUCGUUACACAUUAUUAAGGAAGGUUCUCACAUUUCAUUCAUUCAUCCGUGAUAUUGUUUCAGGUAAAAUAAUUUAAGGUUCUGCUGUUCAGAGACGGGAGCGGAGGUGAGUGUAGAUACUAGUUACUCGGUUUUAUUUUGAAAAUUCCACUUUUUGUGUAAAUAUAUUUUCUAUUUGCAUUUUAGUUUUUCUCCAAGAACACCUGGUUAAAUAGUAUUUUGUUGUUUGUGUCUUUGUUUUCUUCCCUCUUUUUAAAUUUCAACACAAACAUGUUAUGGCAUCACUCCAAAUUCUUUUAUAUAUAUUUUGUAUCCUGAAAUGAUUUAGUUCUUUCAACACGGAGAACCAAAUAAUACAUAAAAUGAAUAAUAGUCAUUGUAAUACGUUUGGAAUGAGACUUAAUACGCCGGAUGUACAAAUGUCCCAUUAAUAUAUCUUGUCUGUGCCAUUAAAGCUG